CAUCGGGACAGCGCGGGGAUGUCGGGAACUGGAGAGCUACCCCUCACGCAGCUGUCUGCGCGGGCGGGUCAGGCACCGGCGGGGGCUCCGGUCGGUGGAUGGAAGGAGCGACGGAGGGUGAUUGAAAAGGAAAUAGUGCUGCUGUUGGGGCUUAUAUGUUGCUUGGACGCGCGCAUGAGAUUCGAGGUUUGAGUACUUGAGGUCGACACCACGCAAUUGAUUGUCAAGACGAAUUGAGCUCGAGACUACUGCAGUGAUUAGAAGCACACAGAUACAAUGUCGUCAAAACACUUCAUCCACGACCCCACCCACCUCGUCGCCACCGCGCUGCGCAGCAUCCCCCUUACAAACCCCAGCGUGGCAUGCGACCUCCCCAACAAGAUCAUCUACCUGCGCGACGCCGCGCCCAGCGUCUCCAUUGUGUCGGGCGGCGGCUCCGGCCACGAGCCCUCCUUCGCGUCCUUUGUGGGCCGCGGCCUGCUCGCCGGCGCCGUCGCAGGCACCAUCUUCGCGUCCCCGAGCGCUGAGCAGGUGCGCAGGUGCAUUCUGCACCGCGUGCGGCGCGAUCGGGGCGUGCUGGUCGUGGUGAUGAAUUACACGGGCGACGUGCUGAAUUUCGGGAUGGCGGUGGAGAAGGCGCGGGCUGCGGGGAUCGAAGUCGAUAUGGUGGUUGUCGGGGACGAUGCGGGCGUGGGGCGGGCGAAGGGGGGGAAGGUGGGGCGCAGGGGAAUUGCGGGGACGGUGCUGGUGCAGAAGGUUGCUGGGGCGUUGGCGGCGAGAGGGGCGAGUCUGAAGGAUGUGACGAGGGUGGCGCAGAUCGUGGCGGAUCAUACCGUGUCGAUUGGGUCGUCGCUGUCGCAUGUUCAUGUGCCGGGGCGUAGGGAGCCGGAGGAGGACGAGUUGAAGGAGGGCGAGGUUGAGAUCGGGAUGGGGAUUCACAACGAAGCUGGAUCGGAGCGCAAGUCGACAGAUCUGCCGGGGUUGGUGAAGACGAUGCUGGAGCAUUGCUUGAAUACGGCGGACCAGGAUCGGAGCUUCUCGAGCAUCAACGAAAAAGACGAGGUCGUGCUUCUCGUCAACAACCUCGGAGGCGUCAGCCCAUUGGAACUAAGCGGGAUCACGAACGAGGUCGUGGAGCAGUUGGCCGGGACCUUCAAGAUCAACCCGGUCCGAAUCCUCUCCGGAACUUUCAUGACGAGUCUGAACGGCCUUGGCUUCAGCAUUUCCUUGCUGAAGGUAACUGAUCUGCAACUCGGCAGCGGUCCUUCAAUGCUGGAACUGCUAGAUGCGCCGGCUGAGGCCAGUGGCUGGUCUGCGGCAAUUAGCAGCGGCACGUGGCAGAAGCGAGGACAGGCAGCAGCCGAAGAGAAGCAGACAGACUAUGAAGAGAUCCAACCCAGCACUCUUAGGGUGGACCCUACAGUAUACCAGUCAGCUUUGAAAACGGCGUUGGAUCGGCUCAUUUCAGUCGAGCCUGACGUUACUAAAUAUGAUACGAUAGUCGGCGACGGCGACUGUGGCAUUGGCUUGAAGCGGGGCGCAGAAUCGAUUCUGGACAUGCUAGGCACAGCGGAGAGCACAGAUGACUUGCUAAUCCUUCUCAACCAUAUCAUUCAGGUUGUUGAGGUGUCCAUGGACGGAACUUCUGGUGCCAUCUACGCUAUCUUCCUGAAUGCGCUCGCCCAUGGACUGCGACAAAACGCACCCUCUUCGCCUGGACCAGUCACGCCCGAAAUUUGGGCCAAAGCGCUGGACUCGUCUCUCAAAGCGCUCGGAAAGUACACGCCAGCCCAGCCCGGAGAUCGAACGUUAAUAGAUGCGUUGCACCCCUUUGUCCAGACGUUGUCGAAGACGGGAAGCAUCGAAGAAGCUGCAGUGGCCGCGCAAGAAGGCGCGCAAGGUACAAAGGGUAUGAAGGCGAGCUUAGGCAGAACCGUGUAUGUUGGAGGCCAAGGGUUCCAGGAGGUUCCAGAUCCUGGGGCGCAUGGACUCGCUGAACUACUGUUGGGCCUGAGCGAGGGACUGAAGAAGUAAAGGUGGGGUAUCGAUUGAUUCGUUCGGUGGUGCUCGCAGGCGGUGCGAUCGAUAUGUAAAUUUUAAUGCAUUCCAAACUCCAAGAUCGUGAUCG